GUAACCCAGGGGCAUUGAAUCGAGCCGGGGCCGACCUCGAACAUCUAAAUGUCGCGUUCGCCAGGACACGCCAUACCAGGCCAGACAGUAGCCUAACUACACCUAUGCAUAUAUCUGUGUUGACGGCAAUCGAUAAAGCCCGAAAACAACGCCUAUGUAGGAUGUUGGCUUCGGUCAAUUUCGCGACUUGAGCCUCGACGAGCACGUUUUAGCCUGCUGUCAAGCGCUAUUGCUCCAACAGAUUGCAUGUAACAUAUACAUUAAGUGGCGGAGUCUGUAUCCCGCUCUGCAUUUUUCUCGGGGCGACGUCUCCUGGCCUCCUCGGCGUGCGGGUUUGGCUGGGGAAACGCACCCCCCGGACGGCGGUGAAACCCCCCUGGGCACAUGUCCUUCAAGCAUCAGCAAGCCGUAGACGUGGCGGCUUCCUUGAAGGACAAUCUCCCAAGGGGUUUUGGUGCCGUCGCGUGGGCGCCUCCCUGGGGACACGCUUUUUCCUGGAGUGGGACCCGCUUGGGACGACCUGGACACGCAGCAAUGGGCAAUGUUGCACCACUAGAGAUCGCGUGACAGGGUUUUGGAGUGCCGGGCUAGGGGAAUAUUUAGUCAUUUCCCGGGUCUCUGAAUAUUUAGUCAUUUCCCGGGUCACUGCAACUUCUUGUAAUAUUUUGUACGUUAUAUUUUUACUAUCAAGCGAGCGCAUAGCAUUUAAGUAGCCACUAUCCAGUUGCUUGUAGCCUUACUACUUACUUCUCAAACUUUCUUUGCCAGCAGCAAUGGGCGAGACGCUAUCAGAUGAUGGCUUUGCCGUGCAGUGGGAGCGCCUACCGCACGCUAUCAAACGGGAGGUCGCGGGCUUCGUUCAUCCUAAUGAGGUCGCCGAGAAUGUCAAGCUCAUAGACCGCGACACCGCGGCGGCCCUGCGCAACAACUAUAACACAUUAAUUCUGGGCUACGAGCACGUCAUUGGGGAGACCCAUCGGGCGGUUCAGCCGUGGCCCGCGCGCGCGUUCGUGGACCACUGGGGCCGUCCCGAGCCCUGGAGGGGGCUCUCGCUUCACAUGCGCCGCCGGCUGCUGUGUCUGGCCGCGUCCUCGGGACACGCAGACAGCCUGGAUGUGGCGCUGCAGCAUUGUGGAUGCGGGCUGCAGGAGGAGGUGCUGACCUCGGCCGCUGCGUCGGGCAGCGUGGCGGCUUGCGAGCGGCUGCUGCAGGAGGGCUGCUCCAUUUCCUGCCGCCACAGCGCGUUUAUUGUCGCGGCGGAGAACGACCACCUGCCGGUACUGCAGCUACUGUUAGAGACUGUGGCGGGCAGUCACGACAUGCAGGGGUGCCUGACGGCCGCAGCCACGGGUGCCUGCAUGCAAGGCCACGGCCACAUACUCGCCUGGCUGCAGCGGGCGCACGGCUACCGCCUUGCCAGCAAGGACGUGCGGGCGGCCGCGACCGGCGGCAAUGUCGAUCUUAUGGAGCAGCUGCUGCAGCAAUGGCUGGAGGAGUCGGAGUCGCAGGCAGAGGCAGCAGAGGCGGAGGCGGGGGCUGCGGCAGGGGACGUGGCCGCCGGCGUGGCCGCCGGUGGGCUUGGUGUUGCCGAUACGCCGGGAGCCGCACGGGCACUCCAGAAGGAGCUGCCACGGCUGCUUAAGGCCAUCGCCAGGGGCUGCCCCGUGGAGGUGCUGCAGCGCUACUGCGACAUGCUGGACACACCCUGGGGGAGCUGGUGGCCGGAGCAGCUGCAGCCGGCUUGGGCCAGCGAGGAGGAGGAGGAGGAGGCGGAGGAGGCGUGCGCCAUGUUUGAGAUUAGUGUCGCCAGGGAUAUCCUUGCAGCUGCGGCGGACAGCGGCACACCCUGCUGGGCCGCCAAAAUGGACUUCUUGCUGUCACGCUGGGGGCCGCGGCUGGUACGGGAGGCGCUGCAUGGGGAGUGGCUUAGCGAAACGGAUGACUACGACUCAUGUUUCGAGGAUGCAGGGGUGAGCCAGCCUGACUACGCACUUCGGCUGCGGCACAUGCAUGCCAUUGGCAUACCCCUCGACAAUAAUAUUACACUUGAUUGCGCGCGUGGUAAUGCCGAUGCGCUGGCAUACUUGGUUGAAUGCGGUGUGUAUGACCCCAGCGCUGACGUGGUGCACGUGCCGCACAGCAGCAUCAGCUGUGGCGGCAUUGAUGGGCUCAUCGGGGUGCUCCAGCUGAUGCACGAGCGCGGUAUGGCUAUCACCCCAAAAAUGCUGGCCCAGGCCACUUAUUAUCGGAGCUGGCCGGACAAGGCUCUGCUGUGGUUUGAGGCACAUGCGGGUGACCCCGGAGAGGACAUGCAGCAGUGGUGGUCAAAGGUGUUUUGGCGGGCGGCGCGGGAUGGAGCCAGCCUGCUGGUGCUCCAGAAGCUUCGGGCGCGGGGUGCGGCCAUCGACCUGGCGGCAGUGGCUGUGGGCGGCAGCGAGGAGGGGCUGGAGUGGGCGGCUGCUCAGCUGGAGGCGGAGAUGGGCGGUGGCGUGCUGCAGCAGGCAUUGGGCGCCCUCGAGGUUGAGGGUGUAUUUGAUGCUGGCAACACAGCGACCCUGGCCUGGCUGCGGAACAAGCGCCUGCUGCCGCCGCUGGCGGACUGGCUGCCUGGAUUGGAGAAGGUGACACGCGGGCUCACCUCCGAAACCUUCUGGAGGAUGCAGCUGUGGGUCCAGCUCCAGCUGCAGCAUCAGGAGCAGGCACAGCCUGCGGCCGGAACCCCGGACACGGCGGCUGGAAAGCGUGCUGUGUGGGGCACAGUGGAGGUAGAGUUGCGGCGUGCUGCCGAGGAAUUUACCCGCGCACCCAAAGUGCUGCACACCGCCUCCUCUGCCAGGGUGCUGCCACAUCAGCUCAAUUGGGUUAUGCGCCAGGCUGACUGCUAGCUGCUAGGUAUACAGUUUGCGAGCCUCAAGCCUGCUUUCCAGGUGGGGUUAAAGUCCCACAUGUGUGUACGUGGGCCAUGCACCAGCAGGACAGCAGCCAGCAGCACGCACACAGCAAGCUAGCAGUGCACAUUUCGGCAGUGAUGACGGGCAGGACCCAGGCAUGGGCUGCGUUGGGUGGUAAAUGUUUUAGCUGCAGCAAUGGUUUAGGGCUAAAGACUUGCAAGAGAGAGAGAGAGAGUGGUGUGUGUAAUGUUUUGUGGGCGGUUAGGUGGCCAAGCAAGAAUGAAUAAAUGGGUAGUUGAAGGUGAGGCGGACAGAGUGCGGUGGUUGGGAGUGCGAACGAACUGCUUAUUCAUAACAGUACCAGGGCAGCAGCCCGCCCGAGGGGCGUGUGAAGCGUGGCUGGGCGGGUCUGACAUGUGGCUGCUGGACGAGCAAGUAGAGCAAGUUCGGACCAGGUGCUGGGCGGCUGGUGCAAGGCGGGUCAAAAUUCGCUGUGUGAAGCGUGCAUCCAAGUGGUGUACCUCGGGCCCAAUAAUGCGAAUCUAUUACGGACCGAUUCGGACCCGAGUCCAACAUGCAAUCAAGAUACGGAGAGGGGAGGGGGCAUUCGGACCAGCACGCGGACGGGUAGCUGGCUGGGGUGGGGGUGGGGUUAACUUUGAACCAAUGGGGUGGGGGUAGGUGGGGAGCGAGGCUGCACGUAGGUAGCCGCGCAUGGUUCGAGGUCUGAGCGGUGCCGGGGACGUGGGGGACAAAGCUGGAAGCAAAGGCACGAUGCACAGCUAGGUGGGGUGGAGGGUGGGAUGGGUGUGCGAUGGGACAGGGUUUAGGCAGGUUGGUGAGGUCCCGUAGGGUGCAGCUGAUGACGCCCAUACCCCAAGCAGACGGCAGACAAUUUGCAGCGGCAGAGCAGAAGUGCAUGGCUGGUCGAACGCCGGAGUUACUGUACCGACAAGUUGCUGGCUGGCUGGAAGUUUGGUGAUGCGCAUUCCUCACGCUCCGUGGGAUGGGUGCGGUAUGUAUGGUGUGGUGGUGUGGUGUGCGAUGGGACAGUGGUAAGGCAGAGCACAAGGAAAACGUUGCGCAAAGACAGUGUAUGCGAUGCAGCAAAGCGACGGUUUUUUUCCUGAAUGAAUACGUGCUAUUAGUACGCACUUAGCCCUCUUCCUGGUACCAUACGCUGGAAUACGUUGAAAAUACGAAGUGGUGCCAAUCGACUCCUCUUGACGAGCGCUAUCGUGCUGUGCCAUCAGCGGUCCUGUUCAGAGACUUCAGUCACAAGCGCGAUCCUUUCCAUGAAAAUUUCAACUCGCUGCCGUGUGGCGAAUGGACAGUGUGCAUCGGCAGCCUUUUUAGACGUGGAUUCAUGAGCACCAGCGCUAGAGAGCCCAGCCGUGUCAGUGCGCAUGUGUCGAGUGUGGGGACAUGUGCCCUUACAUGUCGUCCGCGUCUGGACGCGCAACUUAACCCUCCCACGCUUUGUUUAUGCUUAUUACAGCAUAACGUGCACAUAUGAGCCUCGUAGUGCUGCAUUUGGCCCAUGUUCUGCUUGUGGGGCGCUCCCCUGCUGAGCCCAUUCAAUGUACGAUGAUCUGUGUGCCCCGCCGGUGCCAAUACCAGGCCACCAGUGCAACCCAUGCUGAUAUGCGAGGUGUGUGAUGGGACAGGGUGCAAGGCAGGUGUACGGGUGGUGCAGGCGCGACAGAGGGCUGAUUCCUCGGCACUGCAGAUUGGGGCGCGGGGACGUAGACCAAGCGAUGCUUGCAUCCGCGGCAAUGCUUGUUUGAUUGCUGGUGCGCGUCUGUGUGCCGAUGUGUUCCAGUGUCACCCAACUGCAUAGCCGAGAGGCCAGCCCGUGGCCGCCAUGUCAAGCACUGAGGCGGAUGCCGGAGGAUUCCGUGGUGGUGGCAGCGGCGUGGCGCGGUGCCAACCACUGCACUGACUACAGCCUGCCCUGCGUGCGCAUGCCUGAAGGGAGAGCCAAGGGUGCUG